CGUCUUCUCUGCCAUCAUUUUGUGUGGGACAGUGAAAAAGUGGCGAACGAAUCUUCUCGAGUUGGAGGAUUUCUAGAAUAAAAACCCUUCAAAGUAGCUCGCUUAGCUAUUUUUUAUAAUGUCGCUGUUUGGAAUGUUGGGAGACCUGGAGGAUGAUCCGAUUUUCGGGCAUCAAAUGCGAGCUAUGCGCCAAAUGAACAACAUGAUGAAUUCAUUGAUAGCCAAUCCAUUCGGAAUGUUUGGGGCUUUGGACAACAUUGCUGGACCAUCAUUGGCUGGCCCUCGCGGAGGAUUGUCGUUGAUGCCACAUAUGGGACCAAAUAUGCACAUGAACCGUCUUCUUAAUAGCAAUGACGGAACAAUGUACAGUUCCAGCAGUGUAUUUUCGAUGACCUCUGGUCCCGAUGGACCUCAGGUGUACCAGGCCACAUCCAGCACUCGUGCAGGGCCCGGUGGAAUCAAGGAAACGCGGAAAACCGUUCAGGACAGCCGAAGUGGAACGAAGAAAAUGGCCAUCGGACAUCACAUCGGCGAUCGUGCACACAUCAUCGAAAGGGAGCAAAAUGUUCACACCGGAGAACAAGAAGAACGGCAGGAUUACAUCAACUUGGACGAUGAUGAUGCCGAAGAGUUUGAUCGCGAAUUUCAAAACAAAGCCCGCAGUACGAUGCACCUGGCCGGUGGACGCCGACCUGCUCUCCAGAUCGAAGAACUACCAUCGAGUCAACCCAACCCGCCGCAUAUUCGUGCUAUCGCCAACACGCCGUACAAUGUGACAAUGCCGCCAGAGAGCAGCAGUGCCCACUAUCAUCGUAACUCGGCCUCACCGUCGUCGCAGUCGUCUUCGCCAGUUGCCGGUAAUCGCAAUAGGAUCACCGGUGCUCCCGCAGCACAAACGGUAACGCCGCGUAGGGGAAUCCGGUCCCCGGCAUCUUCUCCGCUAGCAAUGCCGCAAUCAUCAACAGGAGCAGCUGGUCAUAUUACGACAAGUGUUCAUCCACAUCCCUACAGCAUGGCCGGAAGGAAGAACCGUGUCGUUAAGGGUCCAUCAUCUUCUCCUUACCAUCAAUAAACCCGGAAUCAAUAUAAACAAUGUUAAGUAAAUGACAACGCGUAAUCCUUUUCUCGUAGAUUCGACAAUUUUAGCUAUUACAACGCGUGCUAAGGUAAAAUAAAUUCUAUUGACUGAUAAACAAUCAGCAUUGCUAAUUGCAAUCACAUUCAUUAGGAGUGUUUUAAUUUUUGUUUGUCUCGCGAUUCUGGAGAAGCCACCGAAAAAGGCACGCGAUAAGUUUAACAUCUUGUAUGUAAGAAGUGAAUCGCUUUCAGUUUCAUCUGGAAAGCUAAACAUGUAUGGGUAUGGAAAAUAUAUGGUACAAUAAACAGUGCUUACUCAACUAUCUAUAGCCACCUUUUUCAAACUAUGGGUCGCGACCCACCAGCCCCAUACGGAAUAUACGCGUCAGUAAAGAAGUUUGAGAAAGGCUGAUCUAUGGAACAUAACAUACUUCACAGAUCGUGUGGCCAUACCUCCUUUUAUUAGAAUUGAUUCACAAGAUAUUCCAUGCAUUAGCGUGGAAUCGGGUAUAUACAUACAUACACAUAUUAAUUUAGAUAAUUUUAUUCGUAGAACCAUCAUAUAUGUUUUAUGUUAUACACAUAGUUUUUAGAUUUACUACUGUUUCAGUUGAUAACAUUGUUUUAGCAAGAGGUUAGUAUUAAUUCGGUUUUAAUAAGAUGUAACAAUUUAUUUACUCACAGGUCAAUUUAGCAAUGGGAAUGUGCCUCAGCGCAAUUUCCUUGUUGGACAAAUGCCGUCUACAAAUUGCAAUGCUCAUUCUUUUAAACGGCGUUAUUUUGAUUUAUGAGCACAAUCUUUGAAAAUGUCAUUUGCUCUGCUAGUUAAUUCAAGAAAUAUUCAAAUUUCUCCCGUCUGUGAAUAGUGGAUAUGCAGCUUCUCUGUUGUUCAAGCUCAUUCCACCCUACAUAUAUAUGUCAAACAAGCCUAAUAACUUGAAUCUUUCUGCCAAAAUGUGGAACUGUUUUGAAAAUUAGUUAAAUCAUCUAAACUUGCAUGGAUUUUUGUUUUCAACGAUUUAUCCAUAAUAUUUGCCUGAUCAAUCAUAACUAAUCUAGAAAAAAAAAAGAUAAUUCCUCAACAUUAUCAAGCCAACCUCACACGUAAACUUGAGCAUCAGUUCCAAAAUUGUCACCCCAACCCCUAAAGCCAAAUAUUUCGGUACCAAAAAUAGGCAAGACUACGAGUUACUACAGAGUUCAGAAGCUACUACAUCUUCUCUGGCGAUGACAUCAAAAUUUUAUUCAACUCCGGCAAAUGUAUGCUUUUUGUUAAAUACGGUAUAGCACAUUUAGUUCACCACUGGACUAUCGCACGAGUUUUAAAGACAACAAAUCAACUCGGUUUAUUCAGAGCACUUAUUCAGCAUAAAUCAAAGAAAUAAUGCGCUGAAGACGUCAACUGGAUUUGAUGCAAUUGCGCACUUUUAUUAACGUUUUCGCACUUAUGAAGACAGAGUGCGCAGUCAAGUGGUGAACUAAAUGCGGAAUAUAAUGACGAUGAAUUGGGCGAGCACUGAAACAAAAUGAAUACACUAAAUAAUACGAAGAGGUUACGUAUUUUUCUAGGCUAGAUGAGAAAAAAAAUAAUGUAAUGACAACAAGUGUGGAAAUGUCUUACACAGUAAUUUGGUGUAAUUGUGGCAGUUGUAGAUUUUUCGUUCAUUUGAUUUAAACGUGAUUGAAAAGUGAUCGCUGAAGGUGAAAUAAAAAUUACUUUAAUUUAUUGAAAUAA